GGAUCGGCGUCGAAGAGCUUCGGCAAGAAGACAGUGGUUCUUGCACAGGAAGAAACCGAAGAUGCUACAACGGACAACAUCGUCGAUGUGGAGGAGCAAACGCUGCGAGAUCAACUGCAAGGAGUGCUCAAUGCAUGUGCAGGAUCUUUGGGCAUUCAAGUUGCUGCAGCCGAACAACAAGUUCAAGAGGUGUCGGACGACGACAAAGAUCAUGGUCCACACAACAAAAGACCUCGGUCAGUGGAGCCAGCGAAGCCUGCGUCCACUUUCUCGAGACAGUGAAGUGCGGCCGUGAGUUUCCAGUUUUGAAAAAUGGAGCUCAUGAGGCCAGACCGCACAUGUUUCCAACUUGCCAUUCGGUGACGGGGGAAAGGAACUAUUUAAGUCCUAUUGCUGCCGUUUGGGAUGCUUGGAGACUUCGAGGAGAGAUUAUCUCUCAAAGUUUUGAUGACUGCUCAGACCAUUCCAUUUCGCAUCAUGGCGUUCCUUACUUGCAGGGUAUGUCCCUCAAAUCAGUGCUUUGCAUUUCUCAGGAACCUCGAAAUGUUCGUCGCAGGAAGCGUGUCCAUUUUGAUGAUUGUAUUGAAGUUGCAAUGAGUACUGAGGAUGACUGCCUGUUAUAUAGUACUGUUGUCCAGCAUGGUGCUUUAUAUGAUUGGUCUGACAAACCAUGGCGUUACAGUCCGAAACCACCAAGCCGUCGGUUCUCUUGGAGGAAAAUCACAGACCUUACAUAUCCGUUCUGCAAUUUUGCUGACAUCCAUGAUCGAAAAGCUGACAUUGAUGUUGUGCAUGAUGACUCUCCUCACAGUACUCCGUCAGCAGUUACUAGCGUGCCACAUGAUGAUUCCUUGUUUGCCUCCCCAUUUAGGGACAAGCUGAAGGAUCGUGGACGUUGUGCUCACAAUGAAUGCAGACCAGAGAUGUGUUUUUCAGUCCUGCGGGAUAUUACCAACCAGAACUUAUGUGAUUUCAUGUCCACAGAAGGGCUGCAGGUUGCUCCGCUGUCUACCAAGGCCGUGUUGAGCUCGCUCCCUUCACAAAGCAGUUCGAUCUCUAGAGUGAUGUCUCAGGAGAAUCAUGUUCCGAAUGCUGCAUUGAGAGAAAAUGACAACAUUGACGAGUUAUCGAUUGUUCAAAUUGGAUCAGUCACUCCAUAUGCUUUCAAGAACUCGCCCAUUGAGAUGCAACAAGCUUUUCAGAUGCAUGGCAUGCCUGGGGACCAUGCGCAUCAUAUGGAAGGCGUUGAUGAGAGGCAUGAAGAGUAUGACGAGGGAUCAGAGAGCCCAUCUCCUGGGGAUUCCUCAGACCCUGUUGAGGGUCACCAAUCGGCAAACCAUCCAGAAAGACAAGAUGUUAUUCUAUUUCAUCUUGCUGAUCAGCCAGUCCGCUCUUUUCUCAACUGGAAUAGUUAUGAGGAAAUGAUGACAGAAAUUGCUCAUCACUACAGUCGAAGACGGGAAGAGAUUGAAGAGGCCUAUGAGGUAGUUGUUUCACCACCUGAUCUCGGAAUUGAAGUUGUUCCAGUGAUUGUGCAUGUCUUUGGCGACAUUCCUCCUGAAAGCAAUGACAGGCUGGUUUUAGUAGACAUAGAAUAUCACGCACAUCGAAUAGAAGGACAUUUCCGUAGUGGCCCGACAGUUUCCCGUUCUGUUCAGCCGCUCCCAAGCACGGCAUCUCGACAUGACGUUCUCUAUCGCAGCAAUGUUGAUAGGUAUUGCCGUUUAGAGAAUGGAAGGUGUCUUGUUUUUAUUAAUUCCAGAAGAUGGCCUGACUAUGACCUCGACAGGAAAGUCAUUGCACACGGUGACUACAUCAGGAUCGCAGUGCCACCGUCAGACAGAUUUGCUUGUUCCACAACUGCUAUUUCUGAUAUGACUCAGCGAGGCUUUUCAGAUCAACAAAUCUUGGAUGAGAUUCACAAUGAGGAUGCAGCUUCUGGUUUUUCUCCAAGCCUGUUAGGUGAAGACGAAAUGAGAAGAUUGGCAACAGAUGCACAUGCAGACACUGAUGAUUUUCUGUUGAUGCAAAGAUCACUAGCUGACAAUCACACAGAUCCAAGGUUUGAUGGAGGUCCAAGGUCCAGCAGUUCGGAUUCAGAUGAAGUUCUGCAAGAUUGGUAUGUUGACCUUCAGCGACUCGUGGAAGCUCACUUUCAGCAAUGUGGAGAAACUCAACAGCAAGAUUUCAUGUUCUCAAUCUACACGUGGUUCAUUGAUCAAGAAACGGCAAAUCUUUGCCGAGAACCGAAAAUAGCUAUCCUAGGGGAGGACCCUGCGGAAUGGAGAGAAGAUAUCUUGCUGCCUUGGGAAUACCAUCUUGUUCCAGACAAUUCAGUGCUCAUUGAUCUUGUGCAGCCUUUUGUACCGAGAGCCAGUGUUGAAGAACACAUCGCUCAUGUUAUUAUCACGCAGAGACCAGUCAACUUGCGUUCAGUCUUAUUCUCCAUGGAAUUUGUUGACGAGGUUGAAUCCAGCGUGAUUGUAACUUUUGCAGCGGCAGUUCCAAACAUUUGCAAUGCUCGGAUGCUGGCGGAUCAUGUACCACUGUUUGAUGCAUUCUUUAGAAACAAAAGAAAGUGGGUCUACCCCGAGGAGAGUGAAAAUGAUCCAACAAUCAAAACAAAGUUUGGGCUCGGAAUCCGUGUACAGAUCUUUCCAACUGUACUUGACGAUGCCAGCGACAUUUCCGAUGACAACAGCAUGAUUCAGAACCCGAGCUCUGGCUGUUGUAUUUCGGCACGCUCAUUCCAUUCAACAAGCCGACAGCCACUGGGAGGCAACCAUAGUGGUCCCAUGCCGCACAUUGCAAAUUUCAGCCUCACAGAGGAGUUUAUCAGGUACGUGCAAGCUGUGGGUGCACAAACUGCCCAGGAUGAUGCCUUCCCUGAUUUACCUGAAGGUCUCAGUGAUCAACCAGUAUGGGUUCAGGACCUGUGGGAAAAAUGGGCUGAGACAGUUGCACAGAAUGGUGGUGACCCACAGUCAGGUUUGCGCCUGGAGACGUGGUUUACCAACCCACGCAGAUGGACCAGAUGCGAGCAUUCACGGGUGGUAGUGCUUUCUAGCAACUUUCAAAUGUGGGAGCGAGAGCUCUUAGGGGCUUGGCAUGACCGUGCUGAAUUAGCUUUGCCCACUCAAUUUGCUAUUGUUUUUCCUACGCCUGAGGAUGUAGAUCGCACAGUUCAAGAACAGCUUGUCAUUGAACAACAAUCAGAGCCGUUCUCCAGAACUGUUGUUGUGACGGUUUGCGACACUUUUCGCAGCUACGGAAAACAUGGGUCCAUUGCCUUGGUUGUUUCAGAUCAGCUCAAUAUCUACUCUUUGAGUACCUUGCUUGGUUAUUCCGAGAUUUGCUCGCCUGAGCGUGAAGACAACGAAUGUUUGCUCUGGAUGGGGAAUAUUGCUAUCCGACCAGAUCAAACCUUACAGGUGCGCACAGGCAAUGCUCUCAGAUUCCUUGUUAGGCGAGGCAUUCGUGUUAGUAUUCCAGAAUUACUUUCCAUGACAGAUCAACAACUACGCAAUGAAUUGCGAGCAGCGAUUGGAGGGGUCAUCUUCAGGAGGCCCAAUGUUCAAGGGUUUCCCGCUGAUCCUCACUCAGCAAACAACCCUGGCUCUUCGUCAAGCCCUGCACAUCCUCCUGCUAGUGCAUAUCCUCCGGAAUGGAUCAAUCAACUUCAAGAAGUUUUUGACAGGCACGCAUUUUUGGAACACACCGAUGAGGGGCCAGUUAUGUAUGUGCUUGUUUGGUUUGUGCAAGGCAGGGUACGACACUUCAAUGACUCGCCAAAAGUUGUGCGAAUUGAUGCUGACAAUCAAUGGUGGCAAAGUGAGCUUAUUUUUCCAUGGCGGGAACAGUUCACACGAGGGGCCCCGAUGGAACUGCACUUUGUCGACCCAAUGCCGCCUUCGCACCCAUGGCAAUCGCAUGCGGCGCAUGUUAUUGUAGUCCAAUCAUUACCUGAAGAGCAUGUUGCUGUGUUGGCUACAUCAACUGAGCAUGCCGAAUCGAAUCGUCCAGUUUCACAGGCUGCCAUGAUUGUUCAUCGUUUUUCAGGUAUCGGUGACUUUGUUGAUCGAAUGGUCACGUCGGAUGUCCCUAUGCAUUCAAUAACGGUCAGGAGAGGUCGACUCUCGUUCCCAAGCGACCGUACAGUUCGAUUGGGCUCAGGUGAUGGCAUCGUGAUUGGAAUGCCUCCAGUACGCAGACGACCGAAGGUGAAGCCAGCAACACAAUUGCUGGUACGCAUCCUGACGUUGCAGUUGGUGGUUUUUCAGAUCAGCAUGAGACAACCGUGCCACAGGCGGAUGACCUGGAUGAACAGGAAGACGAUGACAUGA